CCCCCGGCCGGCCCGGCCCGGGGCCGGGAAACGGGGCCCGAACGGCGGGGCCCGGGCCUGACCCCGGGUUCGUUCUCGUACGUGUGCGAGAGGCUGGAGCGGCUCCGGGCCUCGUCCGAGGCCCCCGGCCCGGCCUUCGUCCCCCGCUCGCUCUUCCACCCCCGCGGGAGAUCCGGCUGGGCCCUGCUGCUGCGCAUCCCCGAGAAGAAGAGCGUGAUGUCGUCGCGCCAGUGGGGGCCCGUCUUCCUGCGGGUGGCGGCCGGGGGCGUCCUGCAGCUGUUCUACGCCCCGGGCCUGGAGCGGCCCUUCCGGGAGGUACGGCUCGGGCCCCGCUGCCGUCUGUCCGAGCCCACGGUGGAGCGCGGCGGGGCCUCCGGCCCGGUCCACGCGGUCAAGCUCGAGCACGUGACCUACGCCGAGAGGCGUCGGGGCCGGGCCGGGGCCCAGGCCGCCCGCGCCGUCCACGCCGACCAGCUGCUCAAGGUGGCCAGCCCCGACCACGGGGACUUCCUGGACUUCCUGGGCGCCGUGGAAGAGGAGCUGGUCAAGCUGCCGCCGGCCCCCGCCGGCCCCCGCCCCGCCAGGCCGGACGGGGAGCGGGAGAUGUUCCUGGAGCUGGACGACCGCGUCUGGGCCGCGGUCCGGAGGGACGGCGGAGUGGCCGAGGCGGCCGUGGUCACGCGGGUGAGCUGCCUCUGCUUCCUGAACGACGGGGACGGGUGCUUCCUCACCCUGGACGGGCCCCGGCCGGCGCCCGGGCCGGGCGACCUCCACGUCCACCCGUGCGCCCGGGCCGCGGACCCCGCCGGCCCGCCGGCCGUCCGCUUCUCCCCGCCGGACGCCUGCCGCUUCGAGCUCAUGCGCUUCAGGACGGCCCCGGACGGGGCGGCCCCGCCGCUGACGCUGCGGGCCCAGGUGGCCGUGCGGGGGGCCCGCGUCGAGCUGAGGGCCUUCGUCCGCGCCGGUUCCCCGCCGGCCUGCCGCCACGUGGCCGUCCGCUUCCCCGUCCCCGCCCGCUGGGACCCGGCCCCGGGCAACCCCGGGCCCCGCCGGCCCGGCUCCCUGAGGGCCAGGAUGAACCGCGGGGCCCGCCUGGGGGCCGGGCGGGACCCGGACCCGGAACCCACGGUCCGGGUGAGCGUGGGCACCGCCCGGUACGAGGGGGCCUACCGGGCCGUCGUCUGGAGGAUCGAGCGUCUCCCGGACAAGAACUCGGCCCCGGACCACCCCCACAGCCUGCUGUGCAAGCUGGAGCUCGGUUCCGAUCAGGACCUCCCGGAAGACUGGGCCCCGUUCGCCGACGUGCAGUUCGUCACCCCCGACGUGUGCGCCUCGGGCACGGAGGUGCGGGCCCUGGGCACCGACGGCGACCUCCAGCCCCAGAAACACGUGGUCCGGAACACGCGCUACCAUCUCCAGCCCAUUCUCUACAGAUCUGUCAUCGAGGACGUCAUUGAGGGGAUGCGAGAGCUUUUUGCCGAAGAAGGGGUCGACGAGCAGGUUCUGAACGACUUGAAGCAGCUUUGGGAAACCAAAGUUGUGCAGUCCAAAGCAACGGAAGGAUUUUUCAAGAACACCCUGCAUAUGCCUCUGUUGACACUGAAGUUGCCGUCCAACAUGCAUCAGACCCUGCACACAUCAACAGCAUCUUUGGUCAUCCCUGCCGGCAGAAGCGUUUCCAGUUUUACCAGAGAACUGGGCACCUCCAGCAACAGCGCCAACUCGACUUUUCCUCCGGGGAUCGGUUAUCCCAUUCACGUCCCGGCAGGGGUGACGCUGCAGACUGCAUCCGGGCAGCUGUACAAGGUGAACAUCCCCGUCGUGGUGACCCAGGCCCCGGAGGGGGGUGGCCUCCUCCAGCACCAGAUCCAGACGAUUUUCCAGCGGCUCGGGCAGCCGCCGGUGGCCGUCGGGGCCGAGCCUCAGGUCCCGGACGCCGGGUUCCGGCUGCCCCCCUGGGAGCUGGGAGAAGGGAAGGCCUCCGGAGGGGCCACCGGCGACGCCCGGGCUUCCCCGCCGCCCAGCGUCGGGGAGGAUGGGACCCCCGCCGUGGAGCCCGGGCCCCGGGGGACUCCACAGGUGGUCCCCUGGGCCGUGGCAGGCCUACAGGCCUCUGGGCCGCACCGAGAGGCCGACGAUGGCGUUUGGCUUCCGGCUCCUGGACGGAGUGGGGACGAAAGCCCCCGAGGAGAGUGGCUGCUGCCCCCUGGGAUGGCGUCCGGCGGCCCCGGGGGCUCGGAAGAGGCGUCCCCCAGCGAGCCGGGCAUCAUCCAGUUGGACGGGGCGGGCGACGCCUGGUCCGGUAGGGCCGAGGGCAGCGCGGGAGAGGCCGACGAGAACGAGUUCCUGGGGAUGAUGGGCGCGGAGGACCUGAAGGCCCUGGACGAGGAAGGGGACACCGCCUCCAACGGAGAUUCCACCAGCGGCGACGACAGCAGUAGCGACGGGGACGAGCGAGAGGACCCCCAGCUGGACGUCGUGGAGGAGGACCCGCUGAACUCCGGGGACGACGUCAGCGAACAGGACGUGCCGGACCUGUUCGAGACGGACAACGUGAUCGUGUGUCAGUACGACAAGAUCCAUCGAAGCAAAAACAAAUGGAAAUUCUACUUGAAAGAUGGUGUGAUGUGCUUUGGGGGCAAAGAUUAUGUGUUUGCGAGGGCCACUGGAGAUGCGGAGUGGUAAAGUGUGUGUCUGUGCCUGUGUGCGCACAUGCCUUCGACCCUGGCUUUAGCCAAAGCCAAGAUGCUCAUCGAGCAACCUAGAUGGAGUCUAUCCCCCCAGAUGGUUUUAAAUAAAGUAGCCGAGUGCAAAGCCGC